CACACAACUCACUGUCUCCAACAUGGUGAACGUGCCCAAGACUCGCAACACCUACUGCCGUGCCGCGGCGUGCAAGAAGCACCAGCUGCACAAGGUCACCCAGUACAAGACCGGCAAGGCCUCCAUCUUUGCCCAGGGCAAGCGCCGUUACGACCGCAAGCAGAAGGGCUUCGGUGGCCAGACCAAGCCCAUUUUCCACAAGAACGCCAAGACCACCAAGAAGAUCACCCUCCGUCUGGAGUGCACCAAGUGCAAGGCACGCCACAUGAAGGUCCUCAAGCGCUGCAAGAAGUUCGAGCUCGGCGGUGAGAAGAAGGUUAAGGGCGCCGCUCUCCAGUUCUAAAAGAUCUGCAAAGCCUGA